UCCCGCCUUUGCGGAUCGGCGCGGAUCGGCGACUCGAAAGGCGUUGCUCAUGGCUGGAUCAUCGCAAUGUCCACCGUUUCGCCGUGGCGGUCAGCGUUGCGACGCACGGUUGCGCCGUGUCUGAGCCGUGGAAUAUCCGCAGGACUGUAGGGGAGUUCCAAGGUCUCUCGAAAUGAAAUCCCCUGGCCGUUCGCCGAGCCAAGUGAGGGACAGAGAGAGAGAGAGAGAGCCCACCGGGCAGGGGGACCAGGGGGCAUGUUUGACGUUGCAUGUCAAGGUGGACAUGGUUGGUGGUGGUGUGAACCAGGCCAGGAACCAGGAACGGGAUUGGCACGAGAAUAGGCAAGGAUCGAGGGUACAAAGUCCAAACGUGCUAACUGUAUGCAAACACUUCCCGCUGAGAGCCGAUUUCAUCAUCAUCAUUAACACGCACUACGCACAUGCCUAUCUAUGUUAUCAACGUGUCGACCGCAGUCUAGAUGUCGGCCGAAUGCUCGUCCGUCAAUUAAUCCAGGAACGAGGCUUUGGCCAAGCCCAGUCUUUUUCGCAUUUUGUCUCGCUCCAGCGCGCUGCCGCUGAGCGCUGGGCCGUAAGGGGAACGCCUGCGGCACGGGAGCCAACCAGAGCGCGGCGGUGACUCGGACUGGCCAAUGGCGAGUUGGCCAUUGCAUCUAGCUGAGAAUUCUAGCUGAGACGGGUUGUCUGGCAGACGCCACUUCCAUUGUCGCGAGCUGCUCGAUCACGUCUAGUUGAGUGCCGCUAAGAGACACCGGCGGACGGUAUUCCGUGCUC